AUGUAUGCAGAUAUCUCCAAGCCUCCUGCUCCUCUUCCCCAAGCCAAGCCUCAAACGGUAGCUGAGGGCAUCACACUUUUGCCUCCCCUGUCGAGAUUGGGACACGGUCCAGGCCUUGUUAUUCUCCAUCCUGACUCAGACAAGCACUUGGACAUUAUUGAUGGCGUUCCCUCAGCUCUUGUCAAGUGGGCUGAAGAGGGGUAUGCUGUUGUUGAAGUACAGGCGAAGGCUUUCAAAACAGAUGCUGGUGAUGUUUUAAAGAGUGCAUUGCAAGCAUUGAGAAGUUGUGAUGGGUUCGUAAAAGAUAGCAAGAUUGGACUUAUUGCAUAUGAUCCUCAACUAUGGAACAACCUUGCCCCAGUCGUUACCAACAAAGACAUAUCCGGUGCCAUAAUUUACGCCAACGCAGCCGACCUGUCAACGCUCCAAGACGCUACGAUCCCUACACUUAAGCAUAUAGCAUCACGCACCUCGAAGCUCGAGCGAAACAAUGGAUCAACAACAUACUCCUACCCGUCGGUCAAGUCUCACUUGGUAGCGGUUCCCUUCACCGAAGACUUCAAUUACUCGACCGAGUCGGUAUCACACACAAGGAAUUUAACAUUUCUCAAGCCGUUGACGAACGGUCCAUACUUCGAUCUCGAAGCUAUAUGGGAUGAACAUACAUAUUAUGAGUUUGCGGAUAGGUCGGUGGAACACACCAUGAGUACAAUGGUUGACCAGCCUUAUGUUAAUCACGUUCCUACUAAUUCCGAUGACACAGAGCUUGAGCUGAUUAGUCGGACCAUCGGUAUUGACCGCGUUGUCGAUGAGUUUCUUUAUAAAUUUACACAUGGCAAAGCUAUUGACUGGCUUCUUCCUGGCGUCCCGCCCACUCAUAAGAAAGUGGAAGUGCCUUUCACAGCGGUAGUAAAUAUUCGCGGCGAUCGACUGUACCAUGAACAUAUUGCAUGGGACCAAGGAACUGUUCUUGCUCAGGUCGGUUUGAUGCCACAGUAUCUACCAUUUCCUUACCCUGUCGAGGGCCAGAAGGAGGGAGCCAAGUAUGAAUACCGUGUUCCAGUCACGGGCAUUGAUACUGCGUUGAAAAUGAGGGAUCGCAACUCGGUGGCCUCAAAUGACAUGUUUGGUUACAAAGUUAGGGAAGUUUAG